CCACUCGCAUCGACAUUUGGCACCGGUCGGGCACCUGCAAACCUGAGAAACGCUCAGUUGUAAGCAAAAUGUUUGCAAGGAAUGCUGUGUCAGCUUUGAAACAUGGACUUAUCAACACUAGUACCAGUAGACUGAUCCAUUCUUCGGGGGUACUUGGAACAAAAGUUGCCGUGGUCCUGUCUGGGUGUGGUGUGUAUGAUGGAAGUGAAGUACAUGAAGCAUCUGCCAUACUGGUUCACUUAAGCCGAGGAGGUGCCGAUGUAUCUAUGUUCGCCCCGGACAAGAAUCAGAUGCAUGUCGUCAACCACACCAAGGGAGAGCCCAUGGAACCAAACAGGAAUGUCCUUCUGGAGUCAGCAAGGAUCGCCAGAGGCAAGGUGGAAGCACUCUCGGGUUUGAAAGCACAGAAUUUUGAUGCUGUCAUUUUCCCAGGUGGAUUUGGUGCAGCCAAAAACCUAUCUACGUUUGCGACGGAAGGGACGGCGAUGUCUGUAGAUUCGGAUGUAGAGAGAGUCCUGCAGGAGUUCCACACUGCAGCCAAACCAAUCGGACUGUGCUGCAUUGCCCCUGUGCUGGCUGCUAAGGUUCUACCGGGCUGUGAGGUCACCGUUGGGUCUGACCAGGAGGAAGGAGGGAGGUUCCCAUAUGCUGGAACAGCCGGAGCCAUCGAGGCCAUGGGAUCCAGACACAUCAAGAAGAAUGUUACUGAAUGUCAUGUUGACAGCAAGAACAAGAUAGUCACAACCCCAGCCUACAUGUGCGAGACAGCUGUACACGAGAUCUACGACGGGAUCGGGACUAUGGUCAAGUCCAUCCUCGGAAUGGCGAAAUAGAGACGUGAAUUGUGUCCUGCAGUGUGAACCGGGAAAUGCAGAUUGUCAGUUGAACAUUAACCGAGACAUUUAUGUCUAGUGAAACCUCAAUCACUCAAAAUCCAUUAACCUUGAUGUUUCGUCGUAGAUGUCCCUUUGUUGUACCAAGAGAAUCGGUAUAAGGCACUUAUGUCUUACUCUGUCGCUCCCUUUGUCUCAAAUUAUACAUCAGUGGAUAUACUAGUAUUUUAAUGGUCCCAAGGACUUAAGUAAGUUAACUUUCAAAUACUUGGAACAUAUUCUGUGAGGUUACAAGCCUGGCCUGGCAUGUCUCAAAUAACCAGUGAAGACACUGUGUUGUUUGUGUUAAUAUUGAAAAUAUAUGUCUCAUGUAUUUGGAUUACAAUUCGUGAAUGACACAUUAUAAAGAUUGUCAUUGCGACCGAUCCUUGUAUAUAUGUAAAAGCUUGUGGAGUGCUUGUCUUGGAAGUAAAGCUUUUGAAACAAG